GAUUGGAAACGCCUUCUGUAUGUGGAAAUGAAACGACAUGAGGUUGAGAGGCGGCUGAGUUUCGAAUGAAGUUCAGUUCAGCAGUGAAGCGUCUGAGUAAACCUGCUGUCACUGCAGCCGCUGCUGAAUCUCAGUCUACGGCAGCUCAGCUCAGCUCGGCAAGCAUGUUCCUGGCCAUUCUGCUCUUCCUGCUUCAGCCAGCAGAGGGCGCCAACUCCACACUGUCCUGCUACGAUGACCAAGGAAACGCUGUUGACUGGUUCUACCUUUACAAACUCCCCCGCUUACAUGAACAGCCCACCGAGGAGGGCCUGAAGUACCUUCUGCUGGAGGAGAAGAGUGAAGGAUGGGUGGACGGCAGCGUGCUGGUGGGAGAGAUCACAGGGGCUCUGGGGAGGACCGUUGGGCCGCUUUAUGAGGAAGGUGAACUCGGCUACAUCGUGUACAACGAUCAACCUCCGGAAGAGCACCGUUCGGAAAACGCAUAUAGUAGCGGAGGACACACGAAAGGUAUGGUCCUCUUCGACAGCAGGCAAGGCUUCUGGCUGGUCCACAGCACUCCUCACUUCCCGCCUCCCAAGACAGCGGGCAGCUUCUCGUACCCCAGCAGCGGCAUCAGUAACGGGCAAAACUUCAUCUGUGUUACCUACCCUCUGGAGCGCUUUGAGACCAUAGGUGAGCAGUUGAAAAUAAACCAGCCACACAUCUACGACUGUAACAUCCCUGAGUCUGUGGCCUCCUCUGUGCCCACCAUGGUGGAGCUGUGUAAACACGGCCAUGGGGGGCGGAGCAACUCCAGCGUCCCACUCGCUUCCUCCUCGCCUGCCAAUCGGAGUGCCUCCCUGCUUUCGCUGGCUGGAAAGGAGUUCAUCAGCUUUGCUAAAGGAGCUGCUUUUGAGAAUGACUUGUAUCACUCGUGGGUGGCUCCUGCACUGCAGGCGGACCUGCUGGUGCAGUUCUGGCAACGCUCCAAAGGCGUCCUGGAGUCUGACUGUUCCCCCGCCUAUAAAGUGCUGAACAUUUACCUGCUUUCUCCCGGCCAGCAGCUGACCUUCAAGACCACGGAGGACCACUCCAAAUGGGCAGUGAGUGUGUCCGGCAGCUGGGUGUGCGUGGGGGACAUUAACCGGAACGAGGCAGAGGAGAAGAGAGGUGGGGGGACGGUGUGUCACCAGAACAGCGUGGUGUGGAAGGCGUAUCGGACAGCAGCGCUUAAGUGUGACUCGUGUAGUGGGUCAGUUGAGGAGUGUGAGGCGGCUCUGUAUUAAGUCUUAGGCCAGAAACAUACCACAUGCAAGUAUGCAAAUGCAACCACUCCGCGUUACAAACUGUCAUGUGGAAAGA